AUGGUGCUGACUGUAUCUAACAGCGUUUGCAGUGGCGCCACACCCUCGGACUCCGCGGCCCCCACCCCCUCCCACGCCCCUGCCCACGGCGACACCCACCUGCGGCCCCCGGAGUCGGCCAGGAGAUACGCCGGGAGGGACGCCGGCAGGGCCGCGGAACCGCCGUCCGGCCAGGAGGGACUCUCCACCCCCCCGGCGGAGCUGACGGGCGCGGCCGCCGACCCGCCGAGGCCGGGGACCUGGCGCCGAGCGGCAAACGGCCGCGAAUGGAGGAGGCCGUCAACCCGGGCGCGGCCGCAGCCCCGGCAGCCAGGGCCCGCGCCGGCGGGACGCCACGGCCAUGGGCAAGGCAAGGAGAGGCCGCCCAGGAAGCCGGGCCGCGGCGAGAUGCCCGCGCCGGCGCAGAGCUCCAACGGGGCCUACAACCCCCAGAAGGCCAAGGGAGAGGGUGGGCGCAGCCGGCAGAAGGACGGCCUACCCAGCACGGACCCGCCGGGGGUGUCCCGUGCUGACCCGCCGUCACCCCCGCCACAAGGGGGCGCCCACACUCGUGACAAAGUGGUGGAGAAUGUGGGCACUGAUCCCGCCGUGAAACGACCGGUGCCACGCCUACCCGCCCCGCCAGGGUGGUCCCGCGCCCGGAGCUACCUGCUCCGUCUGCCUUCAGGCCGUCCCUGCCGGGAACCUCCCUCCGGACCGACCUCCGAGAACCCAUGA